AUGGCUGCGCCCGGAGAAGAGAUUGAGUGUGACAUGGAUCCCUUCAAAAAACAAUACAAAAAGUACAAACGAAGGAAACCACCGCCAGAUUUGAGUGAAGUGAUCGAUUUCGAUCACCCCGACAGGUUCCCGGACCAGAUAUCUAAAUUUCCUCUGAGUAGCAGUGAUCAUUUCAAGAGAGAAGAACAAGUACUUAGAAGGUUUGGAUUAACACCAGUAGAUAAGUGGAAAGUAUAUAGUCUGAAGAAAUCACCAGGUCUCAUUUACAUUGUCAACCCAUUCCUUCCUGGUUAUCAACGAUACUGGGUCAAGCGGUGUCUGCAGGACUUUCCACGUGUGCCCAAUCUUCGCAACAUGGAUUUGUAUAUGGAAUUGGAUGAUUCUGAUGAUAUUUGGGAAUCUAGGCUCAGAAAUGUAGAACCAUCAUCGGAUUCCUCCACCAAGGAAAAUUUGCUGAGUAAACUGAGGUGGGUUACCCUUGGAUAUCACUACAACUGGAGUAAAAAAGAAUACUUUGGUGACAGAAAAAAGUCUGAAUUACCAACUGAUGUUGGUUUACUAACACAAUGUAUGGCUUCCAUCAUUGGAUUUCCACAGUAUAUUGCCCAAGCUGGUAUCGUUAACUAUUACAACAUGAGUUCCACACUUGGUGGCCACGUGGAUGAAGCGGAAUUUGACAUGACUGCUCCUCUUAUUUCAUUCAGCUUUGGUCAGACUGCACUGUACCUACUUGGGGGAAAAACUCGUUCUGUAAAACCAGAUGCAAUGUUUUUAAAAAGCGGUGAUAUAAUGCUAAUGUCUGGGGACUCUAGGUGGGCAUAUCAUUCUGUGCCAAGGAUACUACCUCCUCGAAAAAACAAUCCUGUGCCUGAAAGUUUUAAUACUACACUGAAAUCUGAUGGACUGACAGAUGAGCUGUUAAAACCGGAUGUUGAAGACUCCAGUGCAGAAGAGGCAACUGAAGUAAACAAUGAUCACUCUGCAGAAGAUCCUCACUUGGAUUUCUCGGACAAAAAAGAUUGUAGUCAUGGUACAAGUGAGAAUAUUGUAGACAAGAUCAAUAUAAGAACUUCAGCUUAUGAUUUGAACGAUACCAAAAACUUAUCUGAUGUGUUCGAUCAGUUUCAAGCUGACAUGGAACAUCUGACACAUGAAGAAAACUGGAAACCUUUCGCGGAAUAUCUCCCUGGGGCGAGGAUUAAUUUCAAUGUCAGACAAGUCAUGGAAGCUGGGAAAAGUUUCACAAGCUAG